GCCAACGGCCGGGGGCGUCCCGCCGAGAGUCGGCCACGCAGUGUAUGUUUCCUUUCACUUCUUGCGGCAGAUGCCCGUGAUCUGGAGGCAAGGGGGGCCGGGUCGGAGCGGACGCGUCCCCCGGGUGUGACGACCACCCGUCGCCCCGCCACGACCCGGACACCCGGGGCUUCGGCUCUGCGGGCGCCGUGAAUGGAGGCGUUUGGAGCUGUGGACCUGACACUUCGGGUGGUGAGGCUGGCUCGCUUUUGAGUGGCUUGGGAGCCUGGACAAACCUCAAGAUGGAGGACUUUUCUACCAGGACCUAUGGCACCAGUGGCCUGGACAACAGACCUCUGUUUGGGGAGACGUCGGCCAAGGAUCGAAUCAUCAAUUUAGUUGUUGGCAGCUUAACAUCCUUAUUGAUUCUAGUAACACUGAUCAGUGCUUUUGUUUUCCCUCAACUACCUCCAAAACCAUUGAAUAUAUUUUUUGCUGUCUGCAUCUCUUUGAGUAGCGUUACUGCCUGCAUACUUAUCUACUGGUAUCGACAAGGAGACUUAGAACCGAAAUUUAGAAAGCUAAUUUACUAUAUCAUAUUUUCUAUCAUCAUGUUAUGUAUAUGUGCGAAUCUGUACUUCCAUGAUGUGGGAAGGUGAGGCUGCUAAGGAGAAAUACUUACCAGGACUCUUCAAAAUGAUGUAUUAAGACAGAAAAUUAAUUGCUGGAUAAGGUAUGCUGAGGAAUCUCCUUCAGAAGUAUGAUACAUGAUUUUCAUGUUAAUUGUAAACCUAAAUUCCCUCUUGCAAGGGAGACAUAUCAUAGAUCACUUUGCUUUUUCUUUAAGGAGCUGAUGUUGCACUUAAACAUUCCAACCCUUCAAGCUCAACAGCACAAGUAAUUUUCACUUUUGAAAUUAACAUUUUUUACAAUGUAAUUGCAUGGUGAAAGGCUAUGUAACAAACAAAAUCUUGCAUCUUAAGACAAAUAUUCUUUUAUUUCUGUUAAACUGAAUAUACAAUUGUUCCCUAGGCAACCAACUUUUGCUUAUAACUACAAUUUAAUUUCACGUUAACAAAACACAGACGGUGAAAAGACAACUUUGAUUGUGAAGAUCUAAUUACAAUAAUAAAUAAAAUAAUUUAUACAAG